AUGAGUAGUCAAGUGAGCACAAAAGUCCGAUUAGUGAGAUGUCCUAAAUGCCGACAGGUGCUAGCCGAGUUGCCUGAAGUCCCCCUUUACAAAUGUGGAGGAUGUGGCACUGUUCUUCUAGCUAAAAACCGAAAGCAAGAGACCACCGGCACUGCAUUAUCCUCACAAGAAACAGAAUCUUCUGCAAAAAGUCGACCGGAUGAACUUGUAGAAGCCAAUAGCUCGAGUAAACCUUUUGCCAGUCAACCCAAGAUAGAAUCUUUAUCAGAUAAAGACAGCGCAAGUUGUAAUAAUGAAAACUCUGUGGAACUUCGUGAGGAGCCUGAACGGGUGCUGCAAAAAGGCGAUGACUUUGUUGCUAAUGUUCAAAGUAUUAGCCAAAAAGAAGACCAUCUUCAAGAAAUCAAGCCUUCACAGAUUGUUAUUUCCAGCUCGAAUGAAAGUAUAUCACCACCAGCACCAGCUGAACAGAACAAGGAAAAGAAAACGAAUUCAAACAGUUAUUAUCAUCAUUCUAAUAAUAAUGCUCCCUCUCGAUGCCUCUCGAAAGAAAGCCUCGUAUCAUUUUACCUCACGUCCUCUGACAACGAGCAUCCCGAUCAUUUUCCGAGGGAAAAUAGGCGUAAUUUCGGAAGAUUUAACUCCUCGGACACAUUCGGAAGUUCAUCACCAAAAAAUGGAAGCUAUUAUACUUACUACGGCAGUGAAUCUUCUUACGAUGGCAAUUAUGAUCGAGUUCGUGAAAAAACUUUGCAACAACAACCGAGAAAGAACAAAGAUAUAAUAAACAAUAGAAGCAAGGAGUGGGGCCCGACAAGAAACCACAACUGGAGCCAACCUGUCGAGACAGGUCUGUACUCUAGUGGAGUUCGGUCAGGACUCGAUCGACGAGAGGAUUUUUCGAGGCUACCGUUGCUUUCAAGGCCAAGCUCGGGCCCAUUGCCUGCAAGUUGCUCGGGCCCGGAUAAACUUGACCUGCUAAGAACCGUGUGUGAGCUACAGGAUCAGAUUAAACAAAUGCAGUUCCCCGAAAUCCGAAGGUAUUCUCACACAAACCGAACUUACGGGCAAUUGGGCCUGCACUACAGACCACCCCAGCCCAGCUGCUCCUGCCCGAAUUGCCUUCCCCGGCCCUAUUCGGCCCAGCUGCCUCCUCACAGGCCCGUGGCCCACCCCAGCAUCUCGAGCUUCUCGAGCCAGUUACCCUCUGUAGCGGGCCAUGAGCCCACAUUUGACAACGGGCUCAUCCGGGCCCGCCUGAAGGAGAAAUAUUUCGCCAGGAAGAGGAGGCAUAUUCUCCGGCCAGUGGCCGGCGGGGCUCCAUUGGUAGCCUGUUACCGAUGCUUCGAGCUGCUGCGCCUGCCGGAGGAUUUCUUUCUCUUUCACCGGAAGAAAUACCGCCAGCUGGCGUGCGGCGCGUGCGGGAAGGUCCUGAGAUUCUCGCUCGGCAGCUGCGGGACCCGCCACAUGGUACCCUACGUGGUCCCAGGGGUCUCGGCCCCUUGCCAGCCUGGCGACGCCAAGGUGGGGCCCAGCUCGGAGAUCGAGGAGGAGCUGUCGAAAUCUCCGCUUCAUCGGCUGAUGGGGUACGCGUCGCCUAGCCAAGUGCUGGAAAAUUGA